CUCAAAACCAAGCGACAGAAAUAUCUCCUCUCAUUUGAAUUUGUAAGUUGUUCUUGUUUCCCAUCAAAUCAGUUCGUUCUGCGAAGAUUCAAUUACUGUUCUCUCAAUUCAUCAAUGGAUACUCAAAAUGUUAUAGAGAUAGUAGAGAAGCAAGUGCUGACGGUGGCGAAGGCGGUGGAGGAAAAGAUAGACGAUGAGAUCGCGGCGUUGGAUCGGCUGGAUGUGGACGAUUUGGAGGUUUUGAGGGAGCGGAGAUUACAGCAUAUGAAGAAAAUGGCGGAGAAGAGGAGCCGUUGGAUCGCACUCCGGCAUGGCGACUAUUCGGAGAUUCCCCACGAGAAGGAAUUCUUCUCUGUGGUUAAGGCUAGCGAGCGUGUCGUCUGCCAUUUUACCGUGAGAAUUGGCCUUGCAAGCUUAUUGCAGGUUAUGGACAAGCAUUUGAGUAUAUUGGCAAAGCAACAUAUAGAGACGCGUUUUGUGAAAAUCAAUGCUGAGGAAAGUCUGUAUUUGUCUGAGAAACUCAGGAUUGUUGUUCUUCCAACUCUUGCCCUUGUGAAAAAUGCUGAAGUAGAGGAUUAUGUGGUUGGAUUUGGUGAGCUUGGUGGGACGGAUGACUUCAGCACAGAGGAGCUAGAGUAAAGGUUAGCUAAAUCCCAAGUUAUUGUUUAUGAUGGUGAAUCAUCAUUGAGGGCAUCCAAAUCUAAAGUUCCAUCAAGGAGUGUUCGGCAAAGCUCAACUUCAUAUUCAUCCGACUCUGACUAAAAAUACAUGGCAAUCCAUCGCUCGUGGUGAUCUUCUGGAUGGCAAUUUGUUACAAACUUACAACAUAUAGCCAUAAAUCAUGAAUAUAGAAAACUUGUUCUCUACUUUUAAUCCAACGAUGGUGGUAAAUUUUGGUUUAUUUCUUGUCUAUUUGAUGCAAUUACUGCUAUAGGUGGUGGUAUUUUGACUGUGCAUCCUCCCAUUUCAUCUCUUCUA